AUGAUGUCUUCGUCAUACAUCAUGAGUGGCAGUAACACACGGCCGCGUUCAUUCGCUCGGCCUUCCGUACCCAUGAAAAUGUACCUUGCUCACUAUGAUGCAGACUUCACCAAGGUUCUGUCCAUACAGAAUGAUGCGCUCACUCGCACCAAGCUCAUGCAAUGCCGCGCAAUUCUCAGGGAGAAGCAAUUCCAGGAGGCUAUCAUGAUCGAGUCGCCACCACCACUGCACAUGACAUUCGACGUUGAUUCCAUUCGAGUUGACGACUCCUACACCGGCCCAAGGUACACGCCUGAAAUAACCGACAAAGCAGCGUUCUACAAUGAGGUCCUCGAUUAUAUCAUGGUCCCAGGCAACGUUCUGCAUAGAAAGUACAUGAUAAUGCUGAUACUUGACGUAAUACGGAUACUCAAGAAGUACGACUCCGUGGUCGACUUAUCUCUAGGCGACCAGGAAGAAAUCACCAUCUGUGGAGACGUUCACGGCCAAUUCUACGAUCUACUUAACAUAUUCAAGAUCAACGGCGUUCCCAGUGAAUCCAACGGCUACCUCUUCAACGGAGAUUUCGUGGACAGGGGAUCCUUCUCGGUCGAGUGCACCGUUGCACUAUUCCUAGCGAAGGUACUCUACCCCAACAAAUUCUACAUCACGAGGGGCAACCACGAGACCGAAGCGCUCAACAAGUGCUACGGCUUCAAGGGCGAAGUUAUGAGCAAGUAUGACGAGAAGGUGUACAACCUGUUCUGCGAGUGCUUCUGCUAUCUCCCACUUGGAUACGUCAUCAACCGAAGGGUGAUGAUAGUGCAUGGUGGACUGUUCGGUGAGGAUGGUGUCACUCUGGAUCAGCUAAAGAAUGUUGACCGGGUGCGCGAGCCACCGGACCAGGGACCAAUGACUGACAUGCUCUGGUCUGACCCUAAACCAACGGCGGGCAGAUCACCGUCCAAACGCGGUGUAGCGUGCGAAUUCGGACCCGACGUUACGUCAAGCUUCCUUAAGGGAAAUAACCUAGAGCUAUUGAUCAGGUCCCACGAGGUGAAGCAAGAGGGUUACGAGGUCGAUCACGGCGGUCAGGUGAUAACCAUCUUCAGCGCCCCCAACUACUGCGACCAGAUGGGUAACAAGGGUGCUUUCAUUAGGAUGAACGGCAAGGACUGCAAACCCGUUUUCACACAGUUCGACGCCGUCGAGCACCCUCCGGUAAAGGCGAUGCAAUACGCCAAUCCCUUGUUCAACGGCAUCUACUGA